AUGGAUGUCGCGACUCCUCGCCCCGGAUCUGCCCUUCCCCCACGCCGCAAGGGGCCCCCCACCCCCCUUCACAUCGACACGCCCGUCCACAACCCUGGCAUAGCGUUGUUCUCUAGCGACAGCUCCGCUCCCGCGUCCACCCUUUCCACAACUUCUGACGCCGACUCUUUUAUCCUACCCUCCCCCAGCAAGCCUCGAUCCCUCCGAAACAUGAAGAAGCUGUCAAUAACCCUCCCAUCUGCUCAGUCGUCUGCGAACUCACUAGGUCUCUCGGCUGUGGAGCCACAUCCGCCCACUAACCUCUGCGAUGCCCCCGCCCUCCAGAAGCGGCGCCCCUCCGUCAUCUCGCUCCCCAGCACGAGCACAAAUCUGCUCCGCCGCAAGGGCGAGGACGGCGAUGGUUCCCCUACCGUAGCCUACGCCGACGGACCCAUCCAGAUACUGCCAGGGAUUUGGCUCGGUUCGGAGGACAAUGUUCGAGAUUGGAGAGGGCUCAUGGAGCGGGGAAUCAGGUCGAUCCUGAACGUAGCGAAGGAAGUUCAGACCGACUUCGACCAGGCCGCUUCCCAGCCGCUGCGGCCGUUCAUGUCCACGCCGGAUCUGAACGCGCCCCUCGGCGGCCCUUCCAAUCAAGACCCCACGUAUCGUCCUGCGCACCUACCUAGCGGCAGACCCGCCAUGCAUUAUCUCAAGCUGUCUUGGUCUCACGGCCAAUCUGAUCUUGUCACGGAAGGCUUCCCAGCUGCAUUCGCCUACGUUGAUCAGGCGCUGGAACGUGGAGACGGCGUGCUUAUCCACUGUCAGUGUGGAGUCUCACGGUCAGCAACGCUUGUCAUCGCUCUCGUCAUGCGUGCGGCAGCACAGCAGUCUCCCAACGUGCCUCCAGAGGUAUGGGCGCUCAAGGGAAUGCAGGGCGCAUAUUCCUUCGUCAAAGAAAAAAGCAAACAUGUUGGACCCAACAUGUCCCUAAUCUACCAAUUGCUCGACUAUGAGCGUUCAUUCAAGGGCGGCAACUCCUCGCCGACUCCCUCCGAGCUCUCUGCCGAGGAAGAAUGGAGCCGCAGACGACAGGCAAUGGAGGACAGUGAUACCGGAGAUGAGCGGGAGAGCCUGCAUGUCAUGCAGGAGGCGAAGGCCCUCGAUCAGGCCAUGGAGGAUCGUAUCAUUGCUCGUAAGGGCUCGUCGUCCUCGCUCGGGUCCACCAGUACCGGUCAAGGUCUUGGUAUGGGCCCAGCGUGGCGGUCGAAAUACGGUCCCGCACGUAAGCGGAAAGGUUCCGCUGCGAGUGUCGCGACCAGCAGCAGCGUGCUGAGCGAGGAUCUCGUGGAAGAGGAUGAGGAGCAGGAGCUUCUCGGUGUCACCCGUGACUUCGACGGCCUCAGCAUGGGCGCUCGUAGCUCUAGUGCUGAGCCUACUGAAGACGAAACAAGUGGCGACUCGGCAACCGAGCCAAUCCCUCCGCCGAAUGUGCUGAGCCCGCCGCAGUCUGCUUGUCUCACUGCACGCCCAUUGACAUUCCGUCGCCCGCCCGGGUUGUCGCUGCCUCCAUCUGCACCCGCACACCAGUCCUCUUUCUCACUUCCUCCGGUUCCCGCAACCGCUAUCAAAACCUCCUUCGAACUCAGCCGCACACCCCGCUCCUCGAAACCCCGUCGCCGUCCGCCCCCUAUCGGCAUCUUACCCGCUGUCCCUGCAUCCCCUAUUAUCCCCGUCAAUGCAUCCACCGGUCAUUCUCGGCCUCGUACGGAAAGUCGUAAACCGGAGACUCCUCCCGCACAUAUUCGCAAUCUGGCUAAAUCCACACCACCCAAAACCAGGGGGUCUGCAAUCCCCGCGACACCUUCGCAGACGCUCUUCGUCUUCCCGCCCUCGCCCACGCUGGCUGCAACCCGCACACCAUCAACGCUGAUGCUCACGUCUAAUGCGUACCCAUUUCCGUCGAUGUCUACCCCUCGGGUGUCGACAUUCAAGUCGGAAGGUCGCCGGAAGUCGUUCAUCGGCCUGACGUCCCCUGCCACGCCCACGGUCGCGUCAUCACACGUCGACGUCCGCGGCUGGCUCGCAUGA